AUGGCUUCAGGGUCAUCCCCUGCUCCAUCUUCUCGAUCUCCAAAGAAAAAUGAUGUUUUUAUAAGUUUUAGAGGUGAGGACAUCCGCGGAACUUUCACCAGCCAUCUUUGCGAUGCUCUUCGCAGAAACGGAAUAGAAACAUUCAUCGACAACCGAGUUGACGACGGAAUUGAGAAAGGAGAUGAGGUAUGGCCCUCUCUUGAGAAAGCCAUUGAAGAUUCAACUAUGUCCCUUGUGAUCUUCUCAGAAAACUAUGCAUCUUCCACGUGGUGCUUGGAGGAGCUUACAAAAAUAUUAGAGUGCUACAAAAAUCAAGGUCACCGUGUUAUGCCAGUGUUCUAUAGAGUAGAUCCUUCACGUGUGAGGAAGCAGUCUAGGAGUUACAAGAAAGCAUUUGAAGAACAUGAGCACGAGAGAAACAUCGAUAUACAACAACUGCAAAAGUGGAGGGAGGCUCUCGCUGAAGCUGCUGGUAUAUGUGGUUUCCCCAUCACCAAUAGAUCUAAUGAAGCCGACAAAAUUAAAGAAAUAGUGGAAAGUGUUAAAAAAAAGUUGGGCAAGCGGUAUCCAAAUGAAGAUAACGGAGAAGACUUGGUUGCAAUUGAAGAGAGAAUGAAAGAUGUAGAAUCACUGUUGGACACGGAGUCCAACGAUGUCCGAAUAAUUUGCAUUUGGGGGAUGGAUGGCUUGGGCAAAACAACUCUUGCAAGAGCAUUAUAUAACAAGCGGCAUUUCGAUCACGAAGGGUCUUACUUUGUGGAAAAAGUGGGAGAAAAGUCAAAGAAUCGUGGAAUAGAGGCUGUGAAGAAAGAUCUUAUUUCGGCAUUAUUAGGGGAUAAAAAUCCUCACACUAGCUCUUACGACAUGACAAGACUUAGACGAAAAGAGGUUUUCAUUGUUUUCGAUGAUGUCGAUAAUUAUGAUCAAGUACACAAUUUGGUUGGAAGACGCGAUUGGUUUAAACCAGGGAGUAAAAUCUUAAUAACAACUGGAGAUAAACAAGUCCUUGGUACUAAAGUAGAUCGUGAUGCUAUAUAUGAACUGAAGGGUUUGGAUUCUAAUGGGGCUUUUAAACUCUUCUCUUCACAUGCCUUUGGAAAAGACUGCCCUAUCCCUGACCCAAAUCUAGAAAGGUUGGCAAAGAAAGUGACUAGGUAUGCAAAUGGAAAUCCAUUGGCCCUAAAAGUUUUAGGUUCCUCCUUGCCUUAUGAGAACGAUCAAGAAGUUUGGGAAAGCCUGUUAGAAAAGCUUCAAAAAUUACCUGAUCAACGAAUUAACGAAGUUCUACAAAUAAGUCUUGAAGGACUUGAUGCUGGAGAGAGAGAGAGUUUCCUGGAUAUCGCAUGUCUUUUAACUGGUGAUAAUGAUGUUGAGGGAUGUCUUUUAACUGAUGGUGUUGAGGCGGUAAAAGAUUUGUUAAAAGCACGACGUGGUUAUUCAAUCUGUUCUGAAUUGAAAAGACUUAGAGAGGCAGCUCUUUUACAAGUUGAUAAAUUUGGGAGAAUAUCAAUGCACGAUCUGCUAAGAGAAAUGGGUCGACAGGUUGUUCGUGAUGGGUCACCAAGGAAUCUUAGAAAGCGCAGUCGAUUAUGGGAUCCUAAAGAAAUAUCUGAAAUAUUGGGGGCAAAAAAGAGAAGUAAAGCCAUUGAAGGUGUAAGACUGAACCUUUCAAAAGUUGGAGAGAUGCGCUUAAGUCCUGGAGCCUUUCUUUCAAUGCCCAACGUAAAGAUUCUUAAUUUUUAUUCUUGUUGCAAAGUCGAUGGUGGAGAUGAAGUCAAAAUAGAAAUCCCUGAUGGAUUAGACUUUUUGCCAGAAGGACUCAUAAAAUUGCGUUGGAUGGCAUACCCUUGUGAGUCCUUGCCAGCAACAUUCAAGGCUGAAAAUCUUGUUCAAUUUGAAAUGCCCCACAGCAGUUUGACAAGACUUUGGGAUGGAGUGCAGAAUCUUCCGAACUUAAUCAAAAUUACGCUCGCUCAAUCAGAAGACUUGAUUGAACUCCCAGAUUUUUCCAAGGCCACACGUCUUGAACUUGUUAAUCUCAAUCUGUGUUCAAAAUUGCAAAGUGUUCAUCCAUCUAUUUUAUCUCGCCACAGCCUGCGUGGUUUAUGGCUACGCCUCUGCAAGUCCCUUACCAGCCUUACAAGCGAUACCCAUCUCCGAUCUCUCAUUCGGCUCGAUGCAGGUGGUUGCUCAAGUCUGGAGGAAUUUUCAGUGACCUCAGAAAAUGAUGAGUUCUAUUUAGACCUUUCAGGAACUGCCAUCAGUGGUGCGUUGCGCUCAUCAAGUGGGCAUCGCAGCAAAAUUCGUUCAUUGUCUCUAAGCAUUUGCAGAAAUGUGACAAGUGUUCACAAAUUGAUUAAGCUGCGUGACCUUCGACGUCUUGAAGCUGGACGGUGUAAUGGGCUAGCAUCACGUCUCCUGUCCAACUGUGAUAAGAUGCGUGCUUUGGAAGUUCUAUGGCUUCCGGAUUGCAAUGAAUUAUCUGAACUUCCUAAUGAAAUCAGGUCGCUGUCAUCAUUAGUUGAGUUAAAUCUCUCAGGGAGUCAUUUACAGACCUUGCCUCUAAGCAUCAAACAUCUUCCACGCCUGACAAGUCUUGACCUGUCUGGAUGUAAAAAUCUUUGUUGUCUAUUAGAGCUCCCUCCCUCUAUCUUGACAUUGAAUGCCGCUAACUGCACAUCCCUUGAGACCAUACAAUAUUCACCUUUGACAAACGAAGGUGAAGAAGGAAAAGAGAAGGCAUAUCCGUGCUUUAUAUUCACAAAUUGCAAGAAGCUGAAUCGACGGGCAAUCAAAGCUGCUGAGGCAAGAGUGCUACUUGAGAUAAAUAAGGCCAUUUAUGACUUUGCUAGAUUGGAAUAUCCAGGAGAAAGACUUCCAAAGUGGUUCGUGUUUAAGAGUACUAAAGAGGAUCCCAUGACUGUGAAUCUCUCUUCGAUUCCACGAUCUUGGGAUGGGAGAUUGUUUUUUGGCGCCGUCGUUUCUGAAUUACCACAGUGGACAGAAAUUGAGGUCCGAUGGUUUGUUGAUAGUCAAUAUGCUUGCAGGGUUGACGAUAGCUCGUUUUUGGUGACGUCGUCAGAUCAUGUUUUUCUUUGGUAUCGUCCAGAUUCAUUACGACAACUAAAAAGGAAGAUUGAAUCAAAGGAAAGAGAUGCUCAAAGCAAGACUUAUCGUCCACGUGUUGAAAUUAAGUUCAGACUCCAUGUUCUUUCUGUACAACCAAAAGAAGGUUUCUUCCCUGAUGCUGCACAUGUCACAGCUGGAGGCUUUUCAGAAACUGAUCUGCUUGUUCAAGUUAAGAGCAAGUCAUCACGGAAGAUAAUUUGCAGCACCAUUGCUAAUUCAGGUGUGCUAUUUGCAUACUCCAUUCAUGUGAAGCCUAAUCUAUUUGGACUGAGGAGGCUUGAAGUUGGCAAAAGUACAUGGAGUGCUAGGGACAGUGGGAUCCAAAGAGGACACGUGGCUUACGAUCACCCAAUAAGUAUGGUGCCUUUGCAUGAUGCUGUUAGCAGUAACCGCAUGGAAUCUCAACAAUAUGAAAGCAGCGUUAUAUAUGCGGAGGAGGGUUAG